AACUAUUGGACAACUUUUGACUUUCAUCCGAAAGCGAUCCAAUUAUUUUUCCUCCAAUAUUCGCUGUUUUCUGCGCGCAAAUGGCUUCUUCUGAUGUGGUUCGACAGAUGGACAAGAACGCCCGUCCGCUGGCUCUAUCGGGACAUGUUGGGUUCGACAGUCUGCCGGAUCAACUCGUCAACAAGUCCACUAGUCAAGGAUUCUGCUUCAACAUCUUGUGCAUCGGAGAAACUGGGAUCGGUAAAUCCACGCUGAUGGACACUCUUUUCAACACCAAUUUUGAGAAUUUCGAGUCGUCCCAUUUUGAGCCGAAGGUGAGGUUGCGAGCGCAGACGUACGAUCUUCAGGAGAGCAACGUUCGUCUGAAGCUCACCGUGCUUAAUACUGUCGGCUUCGGCGAUCAGAUGAACAAACAACAGAGGUCAGGCGUCUUCACUUAUAUGGGGUUAGGUUUGCUAGACCUGGUCUCAAACAGGUCUCGGGUGUGUUUGUGUGUUUCAGUGGAGAACGAGAACCACUGCGACUUCGUGAAGCUGCGCGAGAUGCUGAUCUGCGUGAACAUGGAGGAUCUGCGCGAGCAGACGCACACGCGGCACUACGAGCUCUACAGACGCUGCAAGCUGGAGGAGAUGGGCUUCAGAGACACCGACCCCGAGUGCAAGCCCGUCAGUCUUCAGCAGACGUACGAGGAGAAGCGGCAGGAGUUUGUGGGCGAGCUGCAGAGACGAGAGGAGGAGAUGCGACAGACGUUUGUGCAGAGAGUCAAAGAGAAAGAGGCCGAGCUGAAGGACGCAGAGCGAGAGCUGCAGGGCAAGUUCGAGCAGCUGAAGCGAAUGCAUGCGGAGGAGAAGAGCAAGCUGGAGGAGAAGCGCCGGAGUCUGGAGGAGGAGAUGAGCAUCUUCAGCAAGCGCAGAGCUGCCAGCGAGCUCCUGCAGGCGCAGGCCUUCAACACCAGCUCCAACAACAAGAAGGACAAAGACCGCAAGAACUCUGGGUUCAUGUGAAGGCGAGGCAGAAACACACAGCCGUGUUCUACAUCGACAUCGCACCAGCAUUACGGUACUGAAUCACGGACACCUUUGAAGAACAGCACACCACUUCACUUUGGGGCCUAAAAACAAAUCAUUUCUUAUGAGCACGAUGCAGAUGUUUAUCUCACAAUAUGCUCGUUUGAGAACAUGUUAAUCUACUAUUUUUACUGGUAAGCGUAUGAUUAUUCUGCUGGGGACUUGAGUUUUAUGGUUGUGGGGGGCUAAAAACAUUAAUCAGAAAUAUACUAUAGUAGUUUACCACAAAUAUGUUUACCUUAUUGCAUUAUUGUAUUUUCCACAUUUUAUACUCAUGUAUUUAAACAGUGUUAUUUCGGGUGAUGUUUUAACCAAAUAAACUUGUAUUUUUCUGCAAA